AUGCAGGAUAAAGGACCUCCAGGACCGGGACUGGACCCUCCAGGACCUAGUAUAACAUGCAGGAUAAAGGACUUCCAGGACCGGGACUGGACCAUCCAGGAUCAGGACUGGACCCUCCAGGACCAGGACUGGACACCUCCUGAACGAGAGAUUAAAGAGGAGGAGGAGGAGGAGGAAGAUGAGCAGGAGGGGAGUUCCUCUGUGGACGAGCAGACACCACGACCGUCUCAGAUUAAAGAGGAGGAAGAGGAGCAGGAACCACAACCUUCACAGGUUAAAGAGGAGCAGGAGGAGGAGCUGUGCACCCGCCAGGAUGAAGAGGAGCUGCAGGAGGAGCUGGACACCUGGACCGAGACUCCUGGUCCUGACCAGCCUGACGCCGGCCCAGGACCCUCCAAGAAGAGAUCCCAGAAGAUGAAGCACAGUUCAGCCGAGGCUGGGCGGGUCUUCUGUAACGUUUGUGGCAAAGGUCUGACUAAGUCGGGUUUGCCAGGCCACAUGAGGAUCCACACGGGAGAGAAACCGUUCUGUUGCAAAGUCUGUGGGAAGGGCUUCACCCAUCACCCCUCCUACGUUCUCCACAUGAGGACCCACACGGACGAGAAGCCGUUCGCCUGCGACACGUGCGGGAAAACGUUCAGGAGGAGCGACAAGCUCCUGCUCCACGUCCGAACGCACACCGGAGAGAAGCCGUACCUCUGCAACGUGUGCGGGAAAAAGGCCUCCGACCCGUCCAGCUUUAAGAAGCACCUGGCGAGCCACGCCGGCGGCAGCAGCCUGAGCUGUAAAAUAUGUGGGCGGAGCUACAAAUGCAGAGACACUCUGCAGCGCCACGUCAGGGCCCACACGGGCGAGAGGCCGCACACCUGCGCCCUGUGCGGGAACAGGUUCUUCAGUGCGUCGCACUUCAARCGGCACAUGAGGACGCACACGGACGAGAGGCCCCACGCCUGCGACACGUGCGGGAAAAGAUUCAUCCGGCUGGAGCGGCUGAAGAGCCACGCGAGGAUUCACACGGGCGAGCGGCCGUACGCCUGCAGCGUGUGUGAGCAGAGCUUCAGACUGAGGGAGUCCCUGAAGAGCCACAUGAAGACCCACACUGGUGAGACCUCCAAGACCUGAACCCCCCUGACAGGAACAGGUUCAGGUUUUUUACUCUUUCAGCUCCUUAACGUUUCCUUUAAAACCUAUAAAACUGACAUCAAGCAGAGAUCAGGAAACUUACCCGCCUUUYAGCCCAGAGUCUAAAAACUGAUCCACUUCAGGGACCCUCCCCCGUCAUCUGGGUAGAAAUGAAGGGGGCGUGGCCUCCUUGCUCAGUCUGGAAAACCUGGACAAGAAUUUAAAACUCCACCUGAACACGAGAAAUAAACUCAGUUUAUUUAGUCACGGGUUUAACAGGAAGUAAACUUUAAAAAUGUUAGAAUAAAAAAAAUAAAAGUUAUUUAGAUUUUUUUGUCUUUUUUUUGGCCAAUUAUCUAAAUGUGUAAAUUUGAAAAUAGACUCAAAGUUUAUUUAGUCACAGGUUUAGCAGGAUUUUUAAAAUAUAAAAUAAACUUUAAAUAUGUGAGAAUAAAAUUAAAAUAAAAGUUAUGAUAAUAGAUUUUUUUGUCUGAUGUUUUUAUUUUUGGCCAAUCACAUCUAAAUGUAUAUAUUUGGGGGGGAAAACAUUUUGGUGUUAUUCAGAGUUAUUUUCUUUAAUGUUUUUUCCUCCCUUUUUUUUGUUUCAAAAUGUUCAUCUUCUAGGUUUAUUAAACUUAAAGUUUUGAUUUAAAUGAAAAA